UAUUAUUUUCCCGCGCUUAGGGCUUCAUAAUCACUUUUGAUAGUGAAACACGUGAUUCGAUAUCGAUAUUUGAUGAGUGAACUGUGAAGUAGAUUAUCUCGAGAAAUAUGCAGAACGAAAAGGAAAGUAAAAACGAGGAACAUGACGAGUAUCAAUACUUGCGGCUCGUCGAGAAAGUCAUUAGAACCGGAGCAAAGAGAAACAAUCGUACCGGCGUCGAUACUUAUUCCAUUUUCGGCACUCAAAUCCGAUUCAGUUUACGAGACGGUGUUUUCCCAUUAUUGACAACCAAAAGAGUAUUCUGGCGAGCAGUAGUUGAAGAAUUACUGUGGUUUAUCAAGGGAUCGACAAAUUCCAAAGAAUUGUCAGAUAAGGGUGUUCAUAUUUGGGAUGAAAAUGGCUCACGUGCCUUUUUGGAUUCUUGCGGGUUCACAGAUAGAGAGGAAGGUGAUUUGGGACCUGUCUAUGGAUUCCAAUGGAGACACUUUGGUGCUGAGUAUAAAGAUAUCCGCACAGAUUAUACUGGACAAGGAAUAGAUCAGCUGAAAGAAGUUAUUCAUAAAAUAAAGCAUUGUCCAGAUGAUAGGCGUAUUAUAAUGUCCAACUGGAAUCCAGUAGACAUUCCAGAAAUGGCAUUACCGCCAUGUCAUGUUUUGGUACAAUUUUAUGUAAAUAACGGUGAAUUGUCCGCGCAGCUUUAUCAAAGAAGCGCAGACAUAGGUUUAGGAGUGCCAUUCAACAUAGCAUCGUAUUCCUUACUGACUUAUAUGAUCGCUCAUGUUACCGGUUUGAAGCCAGGAGAAUUUGUACAUACAAUGGGAGACUGUCACGUUUAUGUCAACCAUAUAAGUGCCCUUGAGGAACAGAUAAAACGCGAACCACGAGAGUUUCCGAAAUUAAGGAUAGUUAGAGAGAUAAAAAAUAUCGAUGACUUUGUUGCCGAAGAUUUAGAAUUAAUAGAUUAUAAACCUUAUCCCAAACUCUAUAUGAAAAUGGCUGUUUAAGCUGCACUCUUUGAAAGUUUUCUGCAUAAAAUCUUUCAAGGAAAAAUUUAUGUGUGCAUAACUAUAACAUUAACAUUUCCACAACAAUGUUAAUGUCAUUUUUAAUAUACUUAAGUAAAUCAACAUUCAACUUUCUAUGAAUUAAUAUUAAGCUGUACUGAUUAAAUAGUAUUUUCAAUUAAAGUAUUAU